AUGGAUGCGCCGCCAGUCAAGCUCUCUGAGCUCCUCCGGCACCCGGACGACCUCGACAAGCUGCCUGCGCUGAAGCUCGAGUUUACGCGCAAAAAGGCCGCUGUCGACUCCCAGCUCCGCGGCGGCCUUCGUGAGCAGCUCGAGACGACACAAGCCGGCAUGAGCGGGCUGACGGAUGGCCAAAAGACGGUGCAGGCCAUCAAGGAGGAGAUGAUCAAGAUCGACCGCCUGUGCUCCGAGAGCCAGAACAUGAUCAAGGACUUUAACGCCAUCAAUCUUGUCUCCCAGGCCCACCGAAACUUUGGCGCCGUCGAAGCCAUGCGCAAGAACCUCGAAAUGUUCAACGAGCGGCUCAACGGCGUCGAGAUCAUGCUGCGGGGCGAUGAGGAGGACAAGGAGACCAUGCCCAACCUCCUGGCAACCCACUACGAGCUGACGCAGCUUCGAAAUAUUCGCGACGAUGCCAUGGAGCAGAUCACGAGAGCCGACGACGCCAGUCUGCUUGCGACAUUGGAGGACUACUUUUCUAGGCUGGAUGAGGCUAUCGACUGGUUCGACGAGCAUAUUGGUCUGAUUGCGCUCAACCAAAUCAACCUUUUAAUCGCCGAUAACAACAGCCUGGUUGUUCGUCUUGCCAUUAUUGUCGAGGCCGAGGAGAAGAGUGAUCAGAGGGUAUUGGCCCUGCAAGAAGCAUUAAAGGAUCACAAGGAGAUGGCGACAAGAUUCCAAGCCAUUACUGAGGGCGCGAAAAAGGUGCGCGGCUACAAGGAGAAGUUUUUACAAGCCAUCAGCCUCAACUGCGAACAACAAUUUGGCGAAGUUAGAGAAGAAUUCCUGGGCGAUCCCGACGGAUUGAGCAAAAUGAUGAAGUGGUAUUUCAACGACUUGAAUGCCGUCAAGCAGGGCAUGGUGCCCCUGAUGCCCAAAAAGUGGAAGAUCUUGAAGACUUAUGGCGACAUAUAUCACCAACUGAUGCACGACUUUCUCGUGGGCAUGAUUGAAGACCCCGAGUUCAGCUCGGCGCAUACUCUUGCCAUUAUCAACUGGCCUGAGAACUACUAUAAAAAGAUGAAGAAGCUUGGAUUCCCUGAACACGAACUCAAGCCACAUGUAAUCGACAAUCGCGAAGGAGAGUUGGUCAAGGGCUUCCGCGACCUCAUCAUCAAGUUCUUGGAUGAGUGGAUCGAGAGAAUUUUCGCGCAGGAGAGAAAAGACUUUGCAGACCGGAUGGUCGAGGGGUCUAACCUGGACGCCGACGAGUACGGAUACUUCCGUACCAGGAAUCUCGUGGAUAUGUGGCGCAUGUUGCGAGAACAAGUGGACGGCGCUGGUAACUCGGGCCGAACCGACGUUGCCGAGGGUGUGAUUGAUGCUAUGUUCUUGCGACUACGCGGCCGGCAGCAGUCGAUUCAAAAGAUGCUCGAAGACGAAGUGCUUAAAUACGAGUCCAACAAGUUGCCCGAUCUCGAGGGCAUGCAGCCCCUGCAAGACUGGCUCGUCGCCACUGCAAACGACCAGAUUGCUUGUGUGGAUGAUAUAGAAGAGGAACAGCGCUUCGGUUACUUGACCAGUUUCAAGCAAAAGUUCGAACCACUUGUUACACCGGCAUACCUGGAACGCGCAGAAGGAGAGUUUGAGCAGCUCCAGGGCAACUACUUUGAUCUAAGCACGUGGUGCUUGAGCAAGUUUGUCAGACUGGUCUUUGCUGUAGACUUUAAGAGUGCAAUGCCCACAUUCUUCACGCCAGAAUGGUACAGCAAGGCCACCAUGAAGCAGCUUAUUGCGACAUUUGAGGAAUACCUGGGCGAAUAUCGACCAGUCUUGCACCACGCCUUGUGCGACACCUUUGUCGAGAUCUUCGCAGACGAGCUCUUGGCGCGCUAUCUUAUGUGUGUACGCAACAAGACUGUCAAGUUCCGACGCACCGAUCCUUUCCAGGACAAGGUCUUUGACGAUCUCAAGACGGCUUUUGAGUUCUUUAGGGCGACUACUAAUAAUAGCGACACUAUUAUGCAAACUUGGCGCGUCACGGAACCCUUUUUGGAUUUGUUGACUGCUGAGAAGGAAGCAAUACCAGAUGUCUUUGAGGGCUUCAAGCUCAGGUACUGGGAUCUUCAGAUCAGCUGGGUGGAAGCAGUCCUCCGGUCGAGAGACGACUUUGAGAGAAGCAUGCUCAAUGCGGUCAAGGCAAGAGCGGCGCAGAUUGAGGUUACAAGAGGCCCGGAGACAAUCAUGGCCAAGGUGAAAUAG